AUGUCCUCAAAGUUAGCCUCCUCCAAGCUACAUACCUAUCCAAAGGUUGGCAUUUUCUGGAACAUAGAAGAGGCCCCAAUACCACCAAUCAUGACACUGCCUGCAGUCCUCUCUCAACUCAAGAUGUAUGCCAUGUCGUUCGGCAUCCUAAAGACGAUAACAGUGGUGUCCGAUAGUAUGACACCUCACAACUUGACUAAAAUAGAGUGGAACCAACAAGGUGUACAUUUUAUAGAGGUACCAUGUUCAUCGAAUACAGGCCAACCAACAGGAUUGGAUAGGAUGGAAAUGGUAUCAAAGAUAUGGGAGUUUGUCUAUGAUAACCAUGACACUUCAAUCAAUGUGAUCUUGAUUGAUCGCAAAGCCAAUGAAUAUACAAUAUCCAAAGCACUUCAACAAAGAGGUGUCCACAUGGUCACACUGGUUUCUCCAUGUCACGUCAACUAUAUCUCUCCAGAUACCUUUUACCCUCAAGAGGAUACCUCCUCCUCGCCACCAUCAUCCUCAUCACCAAUCCAUCAAACUUUUAAUUAUGACUACAAGGAAGUCAGACCAGACAUUAGAAGUAGUUAUGAAAACAUCAAUGACAUUGGCUCCAACAAUGAUUAUGUACACAAUCAUCCAAGACCAAAGUUGAUCAUGAGCUCAAGUCAACCAAAUAUACACAUUCCUCAUCUACAUCAGACAUUAUAUAUGAAUUGCUCGUCAGAGUCCCUGUCAUCAAGAUCAACAAGAUCAUCACCAUUGCUAUCCGGUGGAUCAACACCAAUGAACACGCCAACCCAGUCAGGCUCGCCUGUCAUGCAUAUGGGUAUCUCUCCGAUACCAACACAUCCUUUGUCAGGCCCUACUUCAUCUACUUCACACAGGCUUGGAAGCCCAGCAGACUCACUCUCACUUCUCCCGAUGCCAAACUCUCCCAGGACCAACACUUCAUCAUCGCCAUCUUUACUCAAGUCACCUGGCAGGUCACCAGCUGCUACAGUCUCCUCUGCUGGAGCUAGCACCUACUCUCAGUCGCCACCACACUUUGACAACUCUGUUCUCAGGAACCUGUAUACAGUGAUUCAGGGACUGAAGGAGGAUGGCUUCAGGCCAACAUUCAAGGUGAUUCUUCCAAGGCUGGGCAACUUGAUGGGACUGAGGAUCCAUCGCAGCCACUUUGAAAAGAUACUGGAUAAGGCCAAGAGCAACAACUUCCAGGUGGACUACUCCACCAAGACUAUAUACUUCAAGGAUGAUAUUUAUGGAGGAGCUGAUCCACAUCGAGCCAAGAAGUCCCACUUUGCAGAGGAGGUCAUUGGCGAGUUAUUACAGUUAGUGGAGAGGGCCCCAACCAAGGUGUUCCCAAGUCGCUUCAGUAUUGUUCUAUGGCUGACCUCACAGAACACGCCCCAUAUCAACAGCCUCAAACAGGGUCAGAUCGUUGAGCUCUGCCAAGUUGCUAUCAAUGAGAACUACCUCUCACUCAGUGAGGUACAGAAGAAAUCAGAGCGGAGGUCCAAGAACUCAGUGUCAGCAGGGUUUCCAAAGGAGUGA